UUAAAAAAUUUAAAAAAUCAAGAUUUUAAAAAGAUAAAAUUCAAACGCAAAAGACUAUCAUUUUUUGACAUUUCUUUUACAAUUCAUAAAUUUCACAAAAGUCCCAUUACUUUAUUGCAUAAUAUAAGUGGGUAUUUUGAUAUUGGAAUUAAUGCUAUAAUGGGACCAAGUGGGUCAGGAAAAACUUCAUUAAUAAAUUGCUUAGCUUUUAGAAGCACUGUUGCAGGAAAACUGACUGGGAAUAUAUAUAUAGAUGAUAAACCUUUGAAUAACAAUUUUAAAUAUGAAUCUGGUUAUGUUGUUCAAGAAAAUAUUUUGGUUAGCACUCUUACUAUUAAAGAAAAUAUUAUGUUUUCUGCAUCAUUACGGUUGCCAUCAUAUCUAGAUAAUAAUUAUAAAAAACACUUGGUUGAUGAGGUGAUAUCAGAAUUAAAAUUAAAAAAAUGUGCAAAUUUAAAGGUAGGUAACGCACUAUCGAGAGGAGUAUCAGGAGGUCAAAAGCGGAGGUGUAGCAUAGCAAUGGAAUUGGUAACGAAUCCCUCCAUACUGUUUUUGGACGAACCAACUAGUGGUCUCGAUGCCUCAACUGCCAUAAAUGUCAUAAAAUUGUUAAAAAGAUUGUCUGACAAAGGGUGCAAUGUCAUAAUGUCUAUUCACCAACCUCGAUAUGGCAUCUUUAAACUAUUUACAAACUUAUUAUUAUUAUCGGAAGGAAAAAUUGUGUAUCAGGGACCAUCCGAUCAGGCCUUAAAUUAUUUCAGACAUCUAGGAUUUAUUUGCGACUUGCAUAACAAUCCCGCAGACUUUUUUCUGGACGUUAUCGAAGAAAACGUAAACCAGAAUAUAGAUCCCGAACAAAUUGAGGACGAUGAAGAGGAACUAGAUCUUUCUUUGAAUGAUGAUUACGAGUUAAAAAACAAUCCAAAGCUCGAUUUAUCAAUGGCGUAUAUGCAAUCCGAAUUUUAUUUAGAAUUAGCAUUAAAAUUAAAAUUGAUGCUCUCCAAUACCCGUAUAAAUUCUCCGGCUCGUUCUUACUCUAACAAUGAUACAACCCGCUCACAAAUAUUGGAAAAUGGUGUAUUAGAGUUGACAACCGAUUCAAACAAAACUCGCCUAGUAAAGAAAAAGAAACUUGCAGAAGGGAUCAUAAAACGCGUAGCCAAUCAAUUUCAUAAAAAAUCACUCUAUCCUACCUCAUUUUUUAAUCAGUUUAAAGUAUUGACGAAGAGGACAAUAAUCAAUUACGCCAGGAAUCCUCAAAUCAUAAUGUGGCAUGCAAUAAUUAUGCUUCUAUAUUCAUUAAUGUUGGGGUGGAUAUAUUUUCGAAUGGACAAAUCUGCCAAAUUUGGAAUUCAAAAUAGGGUUGGUGCCUUGUAUUUUAUACUGAUGAAUGAAGUCUUCAUAUCUCUCUCAGUUAUAGACAUAUUUAUUUUGGAAAGAUCUACAUUCCUUUACGAAGUUAGUAAUGGCUUUUACAGAAUCUCCAUGUACUUCCUAUCCAAAGUUUUAGGAGAUUUGUUAAUUAUGAAAGUUAUUUCGGUUUUUAUAGUCUCUUUAGUCGCCUAUUGGAUGAUAGGUUUAAGAGCCGAAAUUUCAGCUUAUCUAACAUUUAUUGUUACCCUGUUUAUUGUGUCAUCAUCAUCCAAUUCGGUAGCUUAUUUUUGCAGCGCCACAUUCAAAAAUGGGACCAUAGCCAAUAAUUUAUGUAGCCUUUUAUUCGUAUUCAUGAUGGUAUUUGGUGGUUUUUUCGUCAAUAUAAGAAGCAUAUCUCCAGUUAUAAUGUGGCUUAAAUAUUGUAGCAUAUUUUUGUACGCUAAUCAUGCUUUCCUCACAAAUGAACUAAAAGACCAGAUAUUUUGCGACGAUCUAGUAAUGGAAACAAACAUGAAUACAUCAUUGACACCUGAUAAUAAUAAUCAUUGUAUAACCGGUAAUUCAUAUCUAAUCAACCAAGGCAUACCAUUUAAAAAUGAUUGGGAUUUUUGGCAAAAUCAUGUUGCAUUAGUGACAAUUACUCUUAUCUUUUGGAUAUUAAGUUAUAUUCAACUAAGAAGAAUGAAAAGAAAUUGACCGGUCUUAUUAAAUCUUAAAAAACUAUAAUAUUUUAAUAAAAUUGUUAUAUUCU